GAUUAUUGGAGAAUUCGUAGGGUGAAUUUCUUAGCGGAAUAUAAAAACCCGUUUCUUAACUUUUAACUACAAAAGGUAAAAACCAGCUCUUAAAACUCUUAUUUAAUAACCGGUUAUUAGCUUUUUUAAUUAAAAGUUAAGAGACGGGUUUUUAUAUUCCGUUAAAAAUCUCUUCGUAACAUACAUUUAUCUUUCUUUCAACACAUUACCCAAUUUUUCAUUUAAUGGGCCUGUAUGUCCGGCCCAUGCGUUCAAUACCCAACCCAUUUCAGGCUUGUGCCAGUGGUUUCAGUUGUCCCACAUCGCUUGCACUUAGAAAUAAGGUCUCGGGAAGAAGAGUAUAAGAAGGAAAGUGGAGUGAACAAGCAAACCACUUACCUGGACAGGGUCAACUCAUGAUCAAGAAGAUGAGUGGCCUAGGCUAGUGACCUCCAUUGCACUUUGAGGAGGGGUGCUUAGCCUAAGGUCUCCCCAAGUGGGAGAGCCUGUGUCAUUAUUUGUGGCAGAGGGAGCCUGCGUUCGCGCGGCUCCUACCAUCUAUCAUCAGUUUCUAAACUUUUUCGGCCCAUUAUAAGAAAAUGGUUACUGAGACUUACAUUUCUGAAACUAAUCUAAAAGUUAUGUGGGCAUCAGGAAGACGCCGCAGUUCCAUCUUCCAGCAUUUUUUUUCUAAAGAGGGAAGAGAGGUGUGAAAAUGAGUCGUGGAAGUGCCGCAGCUCCAAAGGGGAAGAAGAAGGGAGUUUCCUUCGCCAUUGAUUGUUCUAAGCCUGUUGAUGACAAGAUCAUGGAGAUUGCUUCCUUAGAGAAGUUUCUUCAGGAGAGGAUUAAAGUUGGUGGUAAAGCCGGUGCUCUCGGUGAUUCCGUCUCAAUCACUCGUGACAAGAUCACCGUCACCUCUGAUGGCCAAUUCUCCAAGAGAUUUGAUUAAAAUCUACACCAGUCUUAGCUGUAGAAUCUCUUUAAGUUAUCUUAGAGAGAUUGAGUUUAGUCAAUCUCUCUAAGUUAACGUGGUUUUGUUAUCUGUAUGUGUAGAUACCUAAAGUACUUGACAAAGAAGUAACUGAAGAAGCACAAUGUCAGAGAUUGGCUCAGAGUGAUCGCAGCCAACAAGGACCGUAACCUCUAUGAGUUGAGGUACUUCAACAUUGCUGAGAACGAAGCUGAGGAAGAAGACUAAAUAAACCAAGAUUUUUUUCUGAUCAUCUCUUCCUCUUAGUUGGUUUUUGAUUCUACUAAGAUUAUCUCUGUUCUGGUUAGAUAUUAUCUAGUUUGGUUUGAAGGGAUACAUUUUGUUUUGUUGCUGCGCAUUUGAGCUUCUAUGGAGUCUUGUUUUUUUCCA